UCACCGUUGUCUUGACGACGAGACCGAGGUGGACGGCACAGCGAGAGUGACGAGGAAAAUAUCUGCUAAUCUCUGGAUAUUAACCGCGGCGGAUAUUUCUGGAAAACCAUGCAGAAACCCUGAAAUGAGAGUGUGAGAUGCUUUUACUUCCGAGAGUGCGGAUAACUAUUACUGCCCCAUUGAUGAAUACGAGCAGAACGGCGCCGAGGGGAAGCGGCUGCUGCCUUCAUAAACACUUCUUUAGGACUCACAACAACCCCUGAAGCUUUUUGUUUUGGGGUCACUGACAAACACCCACCCGAUUCCACGUUGUGCUCUUCCCUCGGCAAAUGGCUGAAAAAGGUCAAACGAACGUGGAGCAUCUAGGCGGAGUAGUCAGGCUCCGAGAGCAACACGAAAAGGUGGUGAAAGACUGUGAAAGUCGGAUGCAGCACUGGAGGAAGGUUUCAGGUGACUAUGAAGCUCUUACUGAUCGCCUCCAAACUCUGCCUGAUCAGCUGUCCUAUGACAUCAUGGUGCCAUUUGGCCCGUUGGCCUUCAUGCCUGGGAAGCUGGUGCACACCAACGAGAUCACGGUGCUGCUGGGUGACAACUGGUUCGCUAAGUGCUCUGCUAAGCAAGCUCAGAAGAUCGUGGAUCACAGGAUGAAAUAUGUGAAGAAUGAAUUAGACGAUCUGUCCAAGACGAUGAAAAACUUUGAAGCCAGAGUCGGGUUUGCGAAGGAUUUGGAAACCAUCUCAGCCAGUAAAGGGGACUAUGUUGACAUCAGAGAGGAGGUCGGAAACAACGACUCUGCUCUCACCAAAGGAAAGCAAAGAAUAGCUCACAAACCAAAUUCUAAGCCCAAGCUGGACGUGGUGUGGGAUCUGAAAGAGGAGGAUGAGGAGGAUGAAGGUGAGAGGGGAGAUGGAGGGAGUAGAAAAGGUGUCAUGACUGAAGAGGAGCUGUGGGCUCGUUUGGAUGAACUGGAGAAACUGGAGGAGCUGCAAGACGAGCAGGACAGAUUGUCUGAUAACGCAGACAUGAACGGUGAAGACACAUCAUCGUCUUCCUCAGAGGAGGAGAAGGAGGCCGAGGCGGCACCUCCAGUAAACGGCCUGAGUUUGAAGCCGAGCUGGAGCUCCAUUUCUGACAGCAAAGCACCGCUCAGCACAGACAGGAAAAAGGAUGACGAAGAAGAGGAGGAUAAUUGUUUGCCCACCAUCUUCUUCUCUCACACAGUCGAACCCAAGAAGGUGAGGAUAAAUACAGGAAAAAACACCACGUUGAAGUUCAGCGAAAGAAAAGAGCAGAAAGAACACUCAAAAAGGAAAAAGAAAAAUGGACACAAUAACGGACACUGUCAUCACGAGCUACACAAAAUCACAACACCAGCAGACAUUUACAGGUUAUUUGUGGACGUGAAGAACGGGGAACCCAUCCCCAGGAAGUCCAUCCUGAAAUCGCGCAGUCGAGAGAACAGCGUGUGCAGCGACACGAGCGAGAGCAGCGCGGCAGACUUCGAAGAGCGCCGGAUGAUCGGACGCAGCUUCAGCCACGACGAGCACAGCGACACCAGCGACGGCAUCACGGAGGAAGACAGUCCGACGACGGUGCCGCUGCAGCUCCCCAGCAGAUAUGAGGCUUUUUCAGGUACAGUGAUAGAAAAGGACCCGAUGCCUUCAGCGGUCCCCCACCUCACCAUCUCUCCACCAGCUCUGCCGACCAUCCUGGAGAGGAAGCAGGAGGAGGUGGCUCCCGAUGUCUCUCCACCCCAGCAGCUCCCAAAAAGAGUAUCGAAGUUCAAAGCUGCCAGGCUGCAGCAGAAGUGACUGUUUCUGAGCAAAUAUCCUUCAUGUUAACUUCUUCUCUCAAGCCUUUGUUUGUUUUCUACAACUGAUGAACUGAGUAAAAAGCAAACACUCAAUUUCACCUUCAUCCGCUCACACUUCUACUCUUACAGGGUUUCUGUCAGUAAAUAUGAGAAAUAGUACAGUAGCAACAAAUCAGCCUUGAGUGUAACGCUGCUUUUUAACAUGCUCCGGUCGCUGUUUAACGCAAUCUCUUUUGCUUAUUUAGUCCUACAGUACAAAAAGCACUUAACAGUUGCUCAUCUUUUUGUUGGGCUUGUUUGAACAGGUUUGCUGUCUGUCGUAAGGUUACCUGUCUGCUGCUUUUCACCUGAUCCGUGUUUUUGCCAGAUUAGGCAGGACUGUAGGCUUUGCCCCGUUGAACGAGUUCCCUAAUUUUAUUUCUUUGUCACAAAUUUAUAAUUUAACACAAUCAGGUGGCCACUAGCUCUCAUGCUGUCUUCUCUUGACCUGCCUAACGAAUGUACGUAUCCCUUUGUGACAAGCUUUAUGUAAAGACAACAAAAGAAUACUGAUAGAAACUGAAAGGAAAAUAAACGAUUUUUGACUACUA